AUGGUUGCAGCGUCGUCGGCUCCACGGGCCAAGGCGUCCGUGAAGCGCGUCAAGGGAGGAACAGAGACAACCAAGUCGCAUCGAUUCGAGCCGUUUUCCCAGCGUGUCGCAAAGUUGAAGAUCGAUCCCAUCCACCGCGUGCGCCGACCCAGUUUCGGCGAAGAAGGCGAUGAUACCUCGUCUUAUUUCCGAUCGGCCUUCGAGCACUGGUCCGAGCUGAACCUGUCCGAUAAUUUCGCCCAAUUCGUCCGCCGAGUGAACCCGCUGUGCGAGAGUCUGGCCCAGAUCCUGUACCACGAGGAGAAGAUUAUGAACCUGCUGGUGGAGUACAUCGAGAAGAGGGACCAGCUGUCGAUCGAGCCGCUCCUGGGGCUUCUGUCUCAGUUUGCGCGCGAUCUAGGCGUCAAGUUCGAGAAGCAUUUCGCGACCGCGGUCACCUUGGUGGCGUCCGUGGCCGCUGGCCAUCCCGAUGUCGAGGUCGUCGAAUGGAGCUUCACCUGUCUCGCAUGGAUCUUCAAAUUCCUGUCGCGCCUGUUGGUGCCGGAUCUCCGACAGCUCCUGGGAAUCAUGACGCCCUACCUCGGAAAAGAGCGACAGAAGGGAUUCGUUGCCCGUUUCGCCGCUGAGUCGAUGUCUUUCCUCAUCCGCAAGGCUGGCCUGGUAUACUAUAAGAACAAGGUUCCCCUUCAGCGGGCUGUAUCUUUCUUGCUGGAGGACUUGCGCCACGCGGCUGAGGCGUCCAAGAGUGUGGAAAUCUACAAGGAGGGGCUCAUGGCUAUGUUCUCAGAUGCCAUUAAGGGUGUCAAGUACGGCAUCCACUCCAACGGAACCGAUAUCCUCAGCUGUGUUCUUGAACAUAUCGCCACUGGCGAUGAUCUCCAGAGCAGUCUGGCACUGGAGGUUGCGAGCGGAUUGGUAGUGAACGUCAUGCACAACACCACCGCCGAGACUUUCGAGCCUAUCCUGGACACCAUACGGCUGUACAUUGAGACAAGCUGCCGUAAAAGUGAGAAGCAGCAUGCUACGGCGUGCUGUCGACUGAUUUUCCUGUGUAUCACUACUCGGAAGGGAACGCGUGUGCAGAAUUGGAAACCAGUCCAUCAGACACUACUUCUGCUGCUCCAGACUACCGCAGCUGCGCCGGAUACAUAUGCUCAGACUACGCCACAACUUCUGACCGCAGUUGCUUAUGCGCUCCAGGUUUCGCCUAUGGAUGAGAUGCUGCCCUUUAUGCGCUCGAUCAUGGAUGCCGUAACGAAGGACGAACUCGCCACUCACUUUCUUGCAUUCUGCGCUACGUUCUCAGAAUGGGGACCGGAACGGUUCCACAGUGUUGUACUUCCCUACUUCCAAAAGUUUGUCAGCACUUCAUGGAAAGAGCAUGAAUACGAGCUCUGCUUGGCCAUGCUCCGGUUAAACCAGACUGGCUGCAUAACAUCCGAAGCCUCUAAGCCUGGCUACAUCACAUGCCCACCUUCCUGGAAAUCUCGAGUCAAGGAUACAUUCAACAAGCCCGAUCACAGCGCCACCGAAGUGUCCCUUCUCAGUGCAUACUCAAAGCUCCCCAGCGCUUUGUCGUUAUCAACGGAGCCGUCUCUUAUCCCUGAUAUGACCUGCAUCCUUCAUGAUCAUUUGAUCAGCGUCCUUGAAAACAAGAAUACUGAUCCGACUGCUACUACAAAGUUCUUCUUGGGCCAGGGUUUCAAGACCUAUGUUGAACUUGCCACUCGCUCUGGGGACAUUGACUCGAAGCUCUGGGAUCGGAUCAGUAAGGUGGCUGCUCAAUACUCCCGUCUUCCGGUCUUCCUUGAAGCCACAUUGGCCUACCUCUCAGGAAACAAGGACAUCGACCUCAAGAACUCGACCAUCGAAGACUUCGCGGAAGUCCUGAUCUCCAACCUUAGUGGGCCUUCUCACAAGCUGCGCCUCUUGUCGUUGAGAAUCUUGCGGGAACUCGUCCAGGCUUCCGGCGAAGAUGCCGACCUUAUCUCCCUGGCCAUUGAAAUCGAAGAAAGCGAAUUGACUUUGCAAAGCGCUAGGGUCCUUUCGAUGCAUGUGCGCAAGCUUGCAUUGUCUUAUCCCCAGGUGGUCUCUCGUAGAUGGAUGGCCAGGCUGCUCCCGCGUUUCUGCUUUGGUCUGUUUUCCAAGAAGAUGGCGCCCCUGUGGGAUGAUGCUGCUGCCGCCUUGAAAUCCAUGAGUGAAAACCCCGAGGGAGAAAAGAUCGUCUCGGACCUUGCAUUCCAGUGGCUCCACGAGCGAGGACCCGGCGAAGCGGUUGCAGAGACGGACGAAGAAGACGAACCCGAGUACGGCCAUAGUCACUACUCCUGCUUCAACGCAGAGAGGAUUGGGGAUAUCUCUGCUAAAUAUUUCGAAAAUCCCGAGCAACCUGCAUCUUCAUUGUUGAUAGCCUUCGAAAAAGACCACACCUUUUCGGGUAUUAUUCCGGCUUCUCCUAGAACUCAAGCUUUGCGUGUACUCAAUGCUGUCCCGAACAUUGCGGAGAAGAGAUCGCGUGAUAUUAUCCCCUUGUUCCUGUCCUGGGGUCUGCGUGACGAGGAAGAUGUUCCGACCGGCACGGAUUCUAAGGAUUCCAAUGAGCCCUACGUCCCAUGGGGAUUCCACGACCGGCUGGCGUUCCUCGGUCUCCUUGGCCAGUUCAUUAACCCUCGAGUCUUGUACAAGGCACCCGAGGUCCACGAAGCUCUUUUGGGGCUUCUAUGCCACGGUAACUCGGAGAUUCAGAAGUCUGCACUCAAGGCUCUUUUCACUUGGAAGGCCUCGGGCAUCAAGCCCUACCAAGAAAAUCUCCUCAACAUCUUGGACGAGUCGCGAUUCAGAGAUGAACUCUCUGUUUUCGUUCGUGUUGGUGGUGAGGACAGUCUGAUCGAAGAAGAGCACAGGGCCGAGCUUCUACCAGUUCUCCUGCGGCUUUUGUAUGGUCGUAUGAUUUCAAAGGCCGGUGCAAGUAGCGGCCAGGCAGGUCAAGCUGGUCGCAGAAAGGCGAUUCUUAGGACACUAUCGCAGUUGCCCGACAAAGAGUUUGAAGUCUUUAUGCAUGUCUCUUUUGGACCUCUCGGCGAUCUUGCUCUCCUUAAGGAUGGCCAGAUCGACCAGCAGGUGUUCCAACAGGAACUCGUCGGCCCAAGGAGACAGACUGGUUUGCUCAAGAUGAUUGAAACAGUCUUUGAAACGCUUCAAAGCCGGAUGAUCCCCUAUGCAGAAAAGUCCAUUCAGGUCGUUCUCUACUGCCUCGUGCGGGCUUGCCGUGAGUUGGAAAAGGAGCAGACAGCGCCCGCUGCCGACUCCCAAGAAGGUCGGCUGUUUACAGUGCUGCGCAGUGUUCGUCAGAUGUGCAUACGAUGCCUUGACCUUAUCUUCUCCAUCUCGCCGGAUCGAGAUUGGUCGUCCUAUGUCAGCGUCAUAUUCGAGGAUGUGAUCAACCCUCGUCUGGAGAACUUUGCAAUUGAGACAGCCCAAGGCGUGUCGGGCCUUCUUCGACUGUUCCACACCUGGGCCUCUAGUCCUAGAUUGGCUUUCUACUUUGUCCGGUAUAACAAGGAUCUCCUAACGAAGGUUGUGGAUUGUAUUGGUGUGGACUCUGCGCGUGACGAAGUCAAGGUGUUCGUCAUGGACGAGAUCCUCGUGCCGCUCAUCAACCUCUCAACGGGCAAGGAGCUUGAAGAGCAGGAGAAGAUGAGCGAUAUCCCUGCCGAUGAAAUCCGCUCCGAAGUGUUGGCUCCUUAUAUUGAGCACACCCUGUCCCAUCUCAGUCGACUCCUGAAGCGUGGCCCCUCCAAGACCUUACUGGUUUCUGGUGUGCAGACUCUCUCUGUUCUGUCUCCAUGUGUCGAGUCUUCGCAAGAGACUUUCAGUCUUAUCAGCAUCACUACAUAUCUACUCCGCCAGCCUGCGGAUCGCGUGUCUCCCAGGACCAAGUCCGGUUUGCUCCGGACGUUGGAGCAUUUCUUGCCCUUAUUUGACCCAGAAGAGGACUCGAAUCUUUCCGACGAAGUGUUCGAGGCCGUCUCGUCGAUGUUUGACUACUUCAGGGACAACGCCAACCGCGAAAUCUUGUCUAGAGUCUUCUCGGCUUUCGCCCAACAUGAUGCGGACCUCGUCAAAGUUGCGAGUCUCUGUGAGGACUUGAACUCUAUCUCUACCAAGAAACUUGAGGUGGAUUAUGAACGCCGACUGCAGGCUUUCAGGGAGGUCAAUGAGAACCUGUGGGAGACGUUCAACGCCAAACAGUGGCGCGCUUUGCUGUACAACAUGCUUUACCAAGUCAAAGAUGAGGACGAACUUGCGAUCCGAUCCAGCGCCUCCUUCGGGUUGAAGCGGUUUAUGGAACGUGCCAUCCUACCUACUGCCAAUGAUGUAGAGGAAUUUGAACCUCUGGUAACGGGAGUUUUGUUCCCUGCUCUGCAGGGUGGCAUGCGCCACAAGUCUGAGCUUAUUAGAGCCGAAUUUGUGUCCGCACUCGGAUACUUCAUCAAGCUGAACCCAACCCGACCUACCGUGCAGGACAUGUCCGGACUUCUUGUCGGUGACGAUGAGGAGGCUUCGUUCUUUAGUAAUAUUCUUCACAUUCAGCAGCAUCGUCGUCUUCGAGCCUUGCGCCGUCUGGCCAGCGAAGCCGCGAGUGGAAAUCUCCAGGCGUCUAACAUCAGCACGAUUUUCAUCCCUCUCAAUGAGCAUUUUGCAUUUGAUGAGGAAGCUGAAGAGGCCGACCACAACCUCAUCGCAGAGGCUGUGACAACCAUCGGGACUCUUGCCGAAUGGUUGGACUGGAAUCAAUUCAGGGCCAUCUUCCGGCGGUAUCGUGGCUACAUGCAGAGCAAGUCUGAAAUGGAGAAGAACAUUCUGAGGCUCCUGGGCAAGAUGUCCGAUUCUUUGACCAACGCCAUGAACCAGUCCGCCGCCAUCAAGGCGGCAGCGAAGGAUGGAAUGGAUGGGCUUGAGACUCCCGCGCCCACUUCCACGCUUGCUCGAUCCUUGCCGUCUCCGGCAAAGGUUGCGACUGAGUUAACAACCAACUUCAUCCCUCAGCUGACCCACUUCAUCCACCACAAGAAUGAGGCGCAGAUGAGUCUCCGGUUGCCUGCUGCUGUCACCACCAUCAAGCUUUUGAAGCUGUUGCCUGAGCUGGAUAUGUCCAUUCGUUUGCCGCCAGUUCUUUUGGAUGUUUGCAGUACUCUCAAGAGUAAAUCCCAGGAUGCACGAGACACUGCGAGGAAGACCCUGAACGAUAUUGCCCUUCUCCUGGGCCCAUCUUACUUUGGCUAUAUCUUGAAGGAGCUUCGGACCACCCUGACCAAGGGUUACCAACUCCACGUGCUUUCGUUCACAGUGCACUCGAUGCUCGUGACGACAACCGAUGACUUCAAGCACGGAGAUCUGGAUUACUGCUUGACGGACCUGAGCUCGAUCGUCAUGGAUGACACUUUCGGAACCGUCGGCCAGGAGAAGGAAGCCGAGGACUAUGUCAGCAAAAUGAAGGAGGUCAAGAGCAGCAAGAGUUACGACUCCAUGGAACUUCUAGCAAAGAACUCUACUGUCUCGAAUCUGGCCAACCUGGUCCGUCCACUGCAGUCACUUCUGCGGGAAAAGCUCAACCAAAACAUCGUGAGAAAGGUCGACGAGCUCUUGCGGCGAAUUGGAGUCGGUCUUUUGAGAAACCCUGGUGUGGAGAGCCGGGAUAUCAUGGUUUUCUGCUACGAAGUCAUCCAAGAGACGUACAAGCAGCCGGCCCAGGUCAAUGGAAAGGUAGUCAGGACUGCUCAGGAGAAGAAUUUGCUUAUCAACCUUCACGGCUCCAAGCGCAGUGACAAGAAGGGCACUACUACUUCUUACAUCCACAAGUUGACGCGCUUCUCUCUUGACGUCCUGCGCUCAAUUCUCAGCAAGUUUAACUCCCUGCUUACUCCAGCCAAUCUGGCGGGAUUCAUUCCUAUCAUUGGCGAUUCGGUGGUCCAGGCCCACGAGGAAGUCAAGAUCGCAGCUCUACGUUUGUUGUCGACAAUCGUCAAGCUGCCCCUUCCGGAGCUUGACAGCAACGCCCACGUCUAUUUCACCGAAGCGGUGAAGGUGAUCAAGGAGGCCCCAAGUACGAACACAGAAGCAGCGCAGGCGUCUUUGAAACUGGUCUCGGCCAUGCUCCGUGAGAGGAAGAGUGCUAAGCUUAGAGAUGGACAUCUUGCCUACCUCCUUCAGCGCCUCACUUCCGACAUCGAAGAGCCGGAUCGUCAAGGUGUCACCUUCAACUUCAUUCGGGCCGUCAUGGCAAGGAAGUUCGUGGUCCCCGAAAUGUACGAGUUGAUGGACCACAUUGCUAGCAUGAUGGUCACGAACCAGACACGCUCUGCGCGAGACCUGGCGCGCGGCACGUACAUCCAUUUCCUGAUCGAAUACCCGCAAGCCAAGAACCGGUGGACGAAGCAACUCGGCUUCUUGGCCAAGAACCUGGAGUACAAGCACCAGUCGGGUCGCCAAUCGGUCAUGGAAGCCAUCAACAUGCUGCUGGCCAAGACCGGAGACGAGCUGGCCCAGGACAUUGUCAGCACAUUCUUCCUGCCAGUGGUCAUCGUCAUGUCGAAUGACGAUGCGCCCGAAUGCCGGGAAAUGGCCGGAACCUUGCUGGGAGAGCUCUACACUCGGGCUGACAGAGAGCAGAUGAAGUCCAUGCUCACUCCUCUUCACUCUUGGCUUGAGCAAACGGAUAACAUGCUUCUGACCAGUACCGGACUCCAGGCCAUGAGGAUCUAUUUCGAGGUUGAAGCCACCGAAAAGGACAAGGAAGCUCGGUUCGUCGUGGACGUUCUUCCGAGCCUCAUGCACCCUGUUCUCAAGGAUGACGACACCGACAACUGGCAAACGCUCUACUACUCCCUCCAGCUGUUCUCCAAACUUUCCAAGACCGUCCCUUCGGUUGCGUUGGUGAAGGAACGUUCCCGGACCUGGGCGGCUAUUCGCGAAUGCCUCUUCUACCCCCAUGCCUGGGUCAAGACCUGCGCAUCCAACCUCGUCGGUACCUGGCUUGCGGAUCUGGCCAAGCACAACGCAGCUGGUGGCUACAGCGCUAUCCCGUUGGCCGGUUCCACGGGAUUGGAUCUCGAGAAGGACGCCAUGCUCCAGCUGAUCCGUGCCAGUGUCCGCUGCCUCCGCACCCCCGCCGUCAGUGAGGAGCUGGCUAUGCAGAGCGUUCGCAACACCAUCUUCCUUGGUCGGUGCUGCGCUCAGAACGGCCUUGAGUUCCCCAAAACGGGGAGCAAGGAUGCCGAAUCGGACGCCAGCGACAGCGAGGACGAGGACCAAGGUGAACGUCCCGCGGGAUCGAACAAGUCCGCCAUUCAUUACAUCUUCCAGCAGACGUCUUCCAUUCUCCGUCGGGAAGUUCUGACCACGCGGGCACCGUCUUUGAUCCCCAAGAACGCUGCCAUCGGUCUCUUGGCCUCGCUCUGCCGGCAUCUGGAGGUCGAACACAUCACUAACUCCCUGCCCGUCAUCCUCCUUCCCCUCCUGCACAUGACGGAUACCUCCAUCCCUGCGCCUCGCUCGUCGGACGAAGCCUUCCGCGAGUCGUACAAGGGCCUUGUCUCCAACUGCCACGAGGUCCUCGACAUCCUCCAGAAGAAGCUGGGUACCACCGAAUACGUCAAGUACAUGUCUCAAGUCCAAGACACCAUCAAGCAGCGACGUGAGGGUAGACGAGUCAAGAGACGCAUCGAAGCCGUCACCGAACCGGAGAGAUACGAGCAAGACAAGAAGCGGAGGAACGACCGCAAGCGCGAGAAGAGAAAGGAGAAGGGCGCCGAGCACCGUGGCAGAAGACAGGGCUGGUAG